CCACUCAUUGUUUGAAUAUGUUAUCUAUUCAUGUUGGAAAUGCCAUUUGAAGUUUUAGAGGAAGCCAAAAUCGGGAUGGGACAACUGAACACUGGCCUAUAUUAUAACUGGACAAAUUUGCAGAAGGAACAUAAAAGGAGUGAAAUAGCCAUGUAUGAGCAGGAGGAUGAUCAUCUGUUUCAGUAAAUGGGGACCAAAUUCAACUGAGGGAAAGAAGGCAGUACUUGUCCGAAAGCCCAUUUGUAAGGUCAGGCUGUGCCUGCCAAUGAAGAUGAAGAGAACGGUUGUGUUUCUUUGCAUUGUUGCAAUUACCAGGACAGCCCCAAUCUUACAGGCUGAUCAAAAGAAUAACAGUAGUGCUGGGGAAAAUCAGGAUGUGUCAAAUACAGUUCAUAACAGUGAACCUGAUGGCUUGGAGAACAAUGGGAGAAUUUAUGAAACUGAAAAUCAAGGAAAGAACCAUGUAAAUACCAAUUGCAUCAUAAGAGGAGACAGCAGUGUUGGCCAUGAAGAAUGUGAACCAGCAGGACCUAUCGUGAAUGUAGAUGCAAACAGCAGAACUGCUGACAUUGUGCAUGCUACUGGAAAUGAGGAUGGAGGAGCUGAGGCCAACUCUAUUAAUGUGAGAACAAAAGACAAUAAAGACCCAGCUACAAAAACAAAUGCUACUGGAAAGGAAAGCAAGAACGGGGAUGUAGAAAAUAGGAAUGUCAGUACUGCUGGUAGUGAAUGGGACACUAAUAAUACAGCUCAGAAAGAACUUUCUGGGAUUGUUCAAAACAAUGUGAGCAACCAUGGAGAAAAUGCCAAGAUUAGUAACACAGCUGCAGAAGGAUAUGUUGAACCUACAGAAAACCAGAGCAGCCCUGUUCAGAAUCUAAAUGGCACAGGUGGGCAUACAAGACCUGGACCUGAAGAUACCCCUGUGGAAAGAUCAGUUCAUGGAGAAAGUGUCAACUGGGCAGACAUCACUGAAGGUGCCAGUGGUAAUGGUGGAGACACAGAUGAAGAAGGUUCUAGUGAUGGCUGGAGAAAUGGACAAUCAGGAGGAGCAGUGGUGCUUGGGGGAAAUGAGAGUGGAAAACCCAGUAAUCAGAGCAAUGGUCCAACUUGUGAUGAUGGUACCGAAAUCAACAGAGGUUCCGUGAAUAAUUCCCUCAGUACAAGUGAGCAAGAGGCGUCCCAAGACAAUGAAAACACAGGCAUAAGAAAAGCAAAGGUGUGCCUUGAAAAGAAAAGGAAUGAGGGCAUGGAUGGUAACAGUACAGCUGUAAACAGUGGCACUGCAGACAGUGGCCAUGUGGAUGAAACUGGCAAGAGUACUAUCCCUGACAAUGGAGAGGCCAUGGGUGGGCUUAAUAAUAUAACCAGCUCUGAAGAUGCCAGCAAGCAGAGGACUGAAGGCAGGGGUGAUCAGGCAAGCAGCAGUGACUCCAAGGACACCAGCGAAAGUGAGAGCAACCCUGUUUAUAGUCUGAGUGAUGAGCUCAUGCAAGGGGAUGAGCCCAAUGAAAGCCAAGGCUCUGAAGGCUCUGAGAACAGCAGCCAGCAAGACCCCUCAGCUGAAGCAAGCAAAGAGGAAAGAUCAGAAAGCACAUCCCAGAGCGAGCAGGAUCAAAGUACUAAUGAGAAUGAGAGUGAGCCAUCUGAGAGUGCUGGGCAAAGCAGUGACAGCCAGCAGGAAAGCAAUGAAGAUGGUGGCAUGGCUGUCAGCAGUGAGAGUAGCAGCCAAUCAGAUAGCAGCCAAGGGCAAUCUGAGAGCAGUAGUGAGAGUGGCAGCAAAUCUGAGAGCAGCAGUGAAAGUAAUGACAAUUCCGAGAGCAGCAGUGAAAGUGAUGGCGACUCUGACAGCAGCAGUGAAGGUGAUGGUGAUUCCAAGAGCAGCAGUGAAAGUGAUGGCAAUUCUAAGAGCAGCAGUGAAAGUGAUGGUGAUUCUGAGAGUAAGAGUGGAAGUGAUGGCAGUUCCAAAAGCAGCAGUGAGAGUGACAGUGAAUCUGAGAGCAGCAGUGAGAGUGACAGCAGCAGUAGCAGUGAGAGUGAUGGCAAGUCUGAGAGCAGCAGUGAGAGCAACCAGUCCAGCAGCAGCGAGAGUGAAAGCAGCAGCAGCGAAAGCGAAAGCAGCAGUAGCGAGAGCGAAAGCAAGUCUGAGAGCAGCAGUAAAAGCGAUAGCAGCAGCAGCAGUGAGAGUGACAGCAAAUCUGAAAGCAGCAGCGAAAGCGAGAGUGAAUCUGACAGCAGCAGUGAAAGUGAAUCAGUGAGUAGCAGUGAGAGCAAGAGUGAAUCUGAGAGUAGCAGUGAGAGUGAUAAUACCAGCAAAACAGGCACCAGGGAAAGUGAUAGUCAAGCCAGUAGCAGUGAAAGUGAGAGCAGUUCAGAUAUGGAAAGUAAAGGCGAAGAUGAGCUGGCAAGCAAUGAGAGUGAAAGCAAUUCCACAAAUCAGUCCAAUGAUACUGGCAGCAACAGCGCUGGGGAUACAAUAGAAAACUCAAGUGAUAAUGAAUCCACAGGGAGUGAAGCAAGUGACAGUAGAGCUCAGUCUGAAUCCACAGGCAGUGAAAGUGAUUCCAUAAGUGAAGGAAGUGAGAGCAAUGAUUCGACCAGUGAUUAUUAACCGAAAGGGAAGAAGGACCAAUUGAAUAUGCCUUGCAGCAGUAACGGCAGAGAACAGAUGAACAAAUAAAUAUACAGGAGCAAAGAGAACAGUCCUAAGCACACAUAUCUAAAGGUCCUUGAAAAGCCACAACAAGGGCUGAAUCCACACCAGCAAAAUAAUCCAGCUCCAGUGCGCAGUACUUUGCCCAACGGUUUUAGGAAAAUAUUAGAAGAAAUGGGGUAUUUUAGUCCCAUUUUUGGCAGAAUGGCGGACUAUAAAUGUAAUCAAUAAAUAAAGCAUAUGAACAACAACUCAUGAGCAUUCACAUCUUCAAGUACUGUACUACAAUUUAUUUUCAGCAAUAAAUUAUACAUUUUUGCACAAUGGAGACUUGAUUAUUGGUAAACAGAGGACACAUAAUUAUAGCCUAUUUUCUGAUAUACAUGGCCAUACAUCAAAGACCAGCUUCAUUCAAUGGCUUGCAUGUAUGAACGAGCCGUUGUGGUACUCUGGGUAAAAUCACACACUUCUGCUUUCUUUGCUCACUUGUUUAACCUUGUGGUUCUGUUAUUAUGCUCAUAAGAUCUGGUUUGCCCUGUGUAUAAACUGUAAAAUAAAUUAUUAUUUUUCAUUUUGUCUUAUGAUUUUUCUUCCCUUUAAAAAAAGGUCCAUCCAAUUCCUACUCUAUUUGGAAAAUGUAGACAUUUAGCAUUUGACAGGAGGCUGCCAUAAUUGCUCUGAUUCCAUUGGCUGGCAUCCUGAAUACAAAUUUUUAUUGGUAAAUACUACUUGUACUAAUGUUACACAAGAAAUGCAUUUUCAAUUUGCCAUCAGACUCCAGGUACAUUUCAAUGAGGACCACAACUGAACCAGUGAAAAUACUAUGAAAUUUCCUAAAUACUGGCAGCCCUCCUUGCUCACAGAUUUGUUAAGAAUUGAAGCACCCAUGCCUUGAAAAUAUUUUUAAAAAAUCAAAUACAUUCCAAAUA